UGGGUUAUAGGUUGCUUAGCAACUACCCUGGUUAGAUUUUGCUUCCUACACGGAGGCACAAGGAUGAAUGUGUAAGAGUUUGCUUAGCAAUUUCCCUGUUACUGCUUUUUUGCAUCAUGAUCAUUUGUGAUUUUGUACUCUUUUUUGCAAUAAUUACACCUUCUAACCCUUCAUUGAACUCCCUCUUUGGUAAAUUAAGGUGAAAAACUAUAAAAGAACAGAAAAAGGAAGGAGUAGAUGGAUUUAGCAGACAAGGCCGUGGGGCUGCUGUUAUCGGUAAUCAGCUUGUCAGUUUUCACUUACUAUACAUUCUGGGUGAUCAUACUGCCGUUCGUUGAUACUGAUCAUUUUGUGCACAAGUACUUUUUGCCUCAAGAAUAUGCCAUUCUGAUUCCGGUGUUUGCUCUUGCGGCGCUGCUUUGCUUCCUCUGCAUGUUUGUUAGAUAUGUGAUGCUCAAAUCCAAAAAGAAGAAGGCAUAAUGCAAGAUCUAUAGUGUGUGCUGCAACUAUCAUUUUUUUGUCACAUACAGAUAGUUUUAUUGCUGGGUUUCUCUUUUACUUGUAAAUGGAGGAUUUAGAUGAUUGCACUCAG